AUGGGACGAUCCAGGUGGCUUCUUCCCUCCAUGUUUCUUUUAGGUCUCCUGUGUGCAUCCACAAAGUUUUUCUUUCCUGUGUGUGGACUUCAUCUCCGCGCUCCCCCUUCGCCGCUAUGGGAGACUCGGCUGCCUCGGGAUCAACCUGCCGCCCUGCCUCCAUUUCCACAGCGUGAUUCUUUCCUGGCUUCUGGCGCGAAUCCUCCACAAGCUUUUGGCGCCAAUGGCAACUCGGAGAGUGCCACAAUUUGGGACGGAGCUCAACAGAUGCACGAUGAAGACCCUGCGCGGGGCGAUUUCCCCCUACCGCUCACGGCGCUGCCUGUACAGCCUGGGAACUCAGCAGCUGGGGACGCUUUGAACGACUCUCAAGAACAAGAGCUUGAAGGGGGAAGUGCUCCAGCUGGAUCGGAAAAGACAGAAAAGAUGUGGCAAUCGAGUUCGUUGGUCGACGUGUCGCCGCGAGUCGGCGAGGGUGAAGAACAGGCACCGACAGUGGAGGAAAAAGCCGAAGCAGAGAAAUUAGGUGAUCAAGCUGAACCUUCGACGGUCGACGCUAGCACUCCUGACGUUCUGGCUACAUACCCCUCAGUGCCGAAUGAAUCUUCUGGCUCUGACACCUCUGGUGGUUCGGAUGUAGCGGACAUAUCCGAAGCUUCUAACAAUGGCCCAGACACCAUAGUGAAUGGUGCUAAAGAGCCGAUUCCGGGUGAAACAGGAGCCGAGACACUAAGGGAUGAUUUACAGGGGAGCGAGAGUAUGCCUGAGACAGCCCCAGUCGUGGACACGGUCGAUGACACGCCGCAGACCGAGGACCGCGUGGACCCCGGUUCCGCCUCCAGUGGGGUAGACGGCUCAGGGGACAAUACCACGACCGAAGACUCCGGAAAGGGUACCGGUGAGCCGAAAGAGAUGGAAGAAAUGACGUCUCCUGUUGCACGAGGAGGCGAGGCCGCUGCCCCGGAGGGUGAGGCGGUCACUGAAACUGAGGAAUCGGUGCCGGGACAUCCUGAGGGCGAGGAGAAUACCGGCAACAUGUCAACUCAAGACCUGACAUCACAUUCAGUGGAAGAGGCAGGUCGGAUCUCAGUGGUCCCAUUUGCGUUUGGUAACAGUCCACGGCUUCGCCGAUGGACUACCCAGUUCCUUGUACGGGGGAAAGAAAUGUUCCCUUUGAUGCAGAAGGCAGACAUUGCGAAACAGGCGGAGAAACGAGCCGAGAGUCUUCGUUCCUCAAUGGAGAUACUACAUAACACCACUGCUUUCUUCAACGCCUUCCGCGCUCAACAGCGUGGCAAGAAUACACACGAAAAGACCAAGCGAUUGUCUGCCGCAAGCGUACCGGCCAGCCAGCAAGAAGAACCAAACGUAAUCCCCGAGGAGGGUUUCGACGCUUCAUCUCUACCAGAGACCGGGGCGCAAGAUGCAGCCGAAGCGGUGGACACAGCUGUGUCAGCAGAAGGUUCAAACAACUGA